UGCCUCGCUCUCCCACAGAAAAAAAAAGACAAGCAGCGGGAAUAUAAACUUGUCAAAGAUCAGGACUGCUCGCCUGUGGGAACUCAGGAAACCCUUCCACACAAUCCUCCCCCCACCCACCCCCCACCCCAAACACACACUGCCCAAAGCGGCCCCCCGUAAGCAAAAAACGCAAAAUGGGUGAUCUGCCGGAGGACGGCUCGUUCAUGUUCACGUCGGAGUCUGUGGGAGAGGGACAUCCAGACAAGAUCUGCGACCAGAUCAGUGACGCCGUCCUGGAUGCGCACCUCAAGCAGGACCCCGAUGCCAAAGUGGCUUGCGAGACGGUGUGCAAAACGGGCAUGGUGCUGCUCUGUGGAGAGAUCACGUCCCGCGCCAACGUGGACUACCAGAAGGUGGUCAGGGAAGCCAUCAAACACAUCGGCUACGACAACUCCGAUAAAGGUUUCGACUACAAGACGUGUAAUGUCCUGGUGGCUCUGGAGCAACAGAGUCCAGACAUUGCCCAAGGUGUCCAUGUGGACCGCAAGGAGGAGGACAUCGGAGCCGGAGACCAGGGUCUGAUGUUCGGCUACGCCACGGACGAGACAGAAGAGUGCAUGCCGCUCACCAUCGUCUUAGCCCACAAGCUCAACUCCAAGAUGGCCGAGCUCAGACGCAACGGCAUCAUCCCCUGGCUGCGCCCCGACUCCAAAACCCAGGUGACGGUGCAUUACGACCAGAAAGAUGGCGCCGUGAUCCCGCGGAGAGUCCACACCAUCGUCAUCUCGGUUCAGCACGACGACUGCAUCUCCCUGGAGGACCAGAAGAAGGUCCUCAAGGAGAAGGUGAUCAACGCGGUGGUCCCCGCCAAGUACCUGGACGACAAAACCAUCUACCACCUGCAGCCCAGCGGCCGCUUCGUCAUCGGGGGCCCUCAGGGAGACGCCGGCGUCACGGGCCGCAAGAUCAUCGUGGACACGUACGGGGGUUGGGGGGCUCACGGGGGCGGCGCCUUCUCCGGCAAGGACUUCUCCAAAGUGGACCGCUCGGCCGCCUACGCCGCCCGCUGGGUGGCCAAGUCUCUGGUCAAGGCCAAGCUGUGCAGGAGGGUCCUGGUGCAGGUGUCGUACGCCAUCGGUGUGGCUCACCCUCUGUCCAUCUCGUUGUUCACGUACGGCUCGUCCAGCAAAACCGAAUCGGAGCUGCUGCACAUCGUCAACAAGAACUUCGACCUGAGGCCAGGCGUCAUCGUCAGGGAACUUCAGCUGAAGAGGCCCAUCUACCAGCAGACGGCGACCUACGGCCACUUCGGUCGGCCCGAGUUCAGCUGGGAGGCCCCCAAAAGGCUGGUCCUCUAAGCGCUCCAUGUCCUCACAGCAAAUACUCCUGGAGGACAUGGACCAAACCAAAACCAAUCAAACCAAAGUUAUAUAUAUAUAUAUAUAUAUUACAGAAGGGGCUGAGAAAAAAAAUGUGAAGAGACGUAACGUGAAGGACAUCUAAUGGGAACAAAGACAUCCAUCCUAUUAAAUCGUUGCGUGGUGCUUUUUUUUUUUUUUUUUUUUUUUAAAUAAAUUCAUAAUCACAAAACACCUCAAUGCUGUAAGCGUACAACACUUCCACGUGGGAGAUUCUUUUUUCGAACAACUAUUAGUGUAAUUACUGCUUCAACCAAAGCUUCACUUCUCAAUCUGUGUUUUUUUUUUUUUUAAUUUAAAAUGUGUGUGCUGCCAGAAAGAUGGUCACAAUCAUCACGGUGCUCCAACAGACAGGUCAAUAAAACGUCUAUAAGCAUGUUACAACCAAACCUUUCAAAACAGCCUUUCAGUGGACUGCAUAUGGCUACCCCUAUACAGCCAUGCAAAUGGAAAACAAACCUAAAAAUCCCCUCAAAUGGCACAAAUGCUCAUAUUUAAUAAUGCGCCUAAAAGUUCCUGUUGAGCAGCUCCUACAGGUUGCUAAAUCUUUUUUUGCCAUUCAAUUCUAACAAAAAAAAAAAACUAAAAUAAAAAUCCUCCUAAAUGCCAACACCUCUCAUAUUUAAUAAUGCUCCCCAAAAAAGUUGUUUUAUGCAGCUAAUACUUAUUGUCCUAAAAAGUUGCCUUUGUUUUUGCCAUGCAAUUCAAAAAAAUAAAACCUAGUCACAAAAUAUAUUUAAUAGUUUUUUCCACACAAUUGUAAAGCAAAUGAAACGUAAAUUGUCCCCUCAUAUUCCCACAAACGCUUAUUUAAUAACGUCCCAAAAAAGUUGCUUUGUGCCUUUGUUUUUGUCUAGCAAUUCCCAAAAAAAUGAACUCUAAAGCGCCUCAAAGUGGCACAAAUACUCAUCAUAUUUAAUGUCCUUUAAAAAAAAGCUGUUUUUUUUGUUGUUGUUGUUGUAUUGCAAGCCAAGUGCCUUUGUUUUUGCCAUGCAAUUCCAAAAACAAACCAGAAUGGUCCUCUAAAAUCACACUAAAGCUCAUAUUUAAUAACAUCAUAAAAGUUGCCAAGUGCCCUUUAUUGUAUCAUGAAAUUCUAAAAGCAAAUGAAACAGAAAACCCCCCAAAUGCCACGAAAUCUUAUUUAAUAGUCAUAACAAGUUUCUUAGUGCCUUUGCUUUUAUCCUGCAACUCUAAAAACAAAUCAAAUGUAAAAAGCCCCAAAGUGGCAGCAACCCUCAUCUUAUUUUAAUAAAAUGUUCCUAAGUGGCUUUGUUUUUACUAUAUAAUUCUAAAAGCAAAUGAAACAAAAAAAAUAAUAAUACUGAAUGGCAUAAAAGCUUAUGUUUAAUAAUGUCCCCAAAAAGUUGCUGAAGUGUCUUUUUUUUACCUUGCAGAAACGAAUGAAACGCAACAGCCCACAAGCUCAUCAUAUUUAAUAAUGUCCCCCAAAAAGCUUUUGUGCAGCCCCCAUUUUGUCUUGUCUUCUCCUGUGGGCCUAUUUGUCUUUGUUUUGCCCAUUUCCAAACAAAUAAUAGGAAAGUCCUAAUGUUUGCAUGUUUGCUUUAGGGGGCAUUAUGACCAUAUUUUCUUUUUUAUUUUUUCCUUUAUCAUUUUGUCUUAAUUCUAGACAAACAAAAAUGCUGAAGUGAUCAGUGUUCUCUCUGCUGUCAUCAUUUUGUUGGCGAAGUAUAACCAGGACAGUGUAAA